AUGGAUGCAGUCGAUGGGUCGUCAGUUGGCCUCGAGCGUCCGUUGGGGAUGCACACAGCCCCGAACAAUGAGACGCAUCGACAGAACAGAAGAUCCAGCUCUACCUCAAUGCCGCCAGCACCAAACGAUGCAGUUUUCCAUAUGAAUCUUGCACAGCUUGAUCGCCCUAUGCACAUCGAAUUCGGUAACCGGCCGCUGUCGAUUUGCUCACCAGGCGAGAACCUGACGAACUCUGCUUUUUCACCUCCAUACCUGCUUCAUCCUACACAGCUGUCCACUCAAACACCGAAAUUCGGACCACCCAAAGCAUUCGGAACUUCUCAGGAGAACACACCGCUCAGGGAAAUUCGACCACGCUUUUCAACAAAUGGCCUUAGACGACCUGCCAUAGGCCAGGAAGUCAGAGCGCAAACCUCCACGCAGGACCAUGUGGAGAGAAGCAUUCGACCGCGCCAGUCCCGCAUGCUUAAGGCACGCCAUUCGACAAAAGACCUGCACUCCGCGCAGCCUAGCGUACCCAACAGCCGUCCGAACAAAGCUCCGAGAUUUGAACCUAACGACGACCCAAACUCUGCGACUAGCGCCUUGCCAUCCGUCCACCCGAACGUGUGCCGCUACUGCGCCAAUCGCGGUCUGCCAUCGCCGCGAAGUCAGUUCUAUCCGGACUGCCCCCACCACACCUCUGGGUUUGAAAGCAGUCCAACCCCCGGAUCACCUGGCAGUACUCUCGCCUUCACUGAGGCCUUUAACGAUAAUGGGACCAACCGCAUCAGGCGCCAAAAGUCGUCUCUACUCCCCAGAUCACAGAAGCCAGCCUUAGCACUGGCCCCGCAUCAUGUGAUUGGUGGUUUCCGGAUUUCUCCCUCCCAAAACGCUAUUACUGAAGAUCUGCCACUCCCCGUGCCGCCUAGAAUACUCUUUAUCCAGACCGUAGCCAAUGCACUUCGGCUCAAGGAAUCGACUGCCGCGGCUGUUUCUGGACUUCAUUCAAAGAAAAGCAAGGACGAUCAUUGGGUACUUGGGCCUGGAGACGAGGAAGCACUUGUGUUCUGCAAUCUGCUGGGCCAUGGAUCAGUAGGGGUGGUAGAGGAAGUGAGGUUGAGGAACCGAACCUUGCCAACACUAGUCCGGAAGCGCGUCCGGCUUCCCGUUCGCGAUCGGGAAUCAGUCUUGAGGCUUAUCAAAGAAGAAACGCAGAACCUCAAGGCACUAGCACAUACCCACAUCGUCACCAUUAUCGCGUCGUAUGAGGAUAACAAGCAGAAGAAUCGGCAGUCCUACUGUCUUCUCAUGGCCCCUGUCGGAGAUAACGAUCUGAAAACAUUCCUGGACAUUGCAACAGAAGCCGAUGCCCUCCUCAAUGAGUGGUCAGACUGGAUUAGGAGCUGGUUCGGCUGUCUAGCAUCAGCCCUCGUCUACAUGCACGGACGGGGUAUCCGGCACCAAGACAUCAAGCCUUCGAAUAUCAUACACAGAGGGAGCCAGAUUUUCUUCACGGACUUUAGUUCCUCGUCACGCUUCGUGGUUGGGCAGACCACUUCGACCGAUAACCCCUGCCGUUCCUCUCCGAUGUACGCCGCUCCCGAAAUCGUGGAUAGAUUCUCCGAGUCGGGGAAUCUUCGAAAGCACGGCCGCGGGUCAGAUAUUUUCGCCCUCGGUGGCGUUUUCUGCGACAUGCUAACUGUUUUUACUGGAAGACCUGUCGACACAUUUCACAAGUUCUUGAGAGAGUAUCAGACCCCGCAGGAGCCGGCUUCAAGUCCUUCUAGUACGCAACUGUUAUAUAGCCGCAAGUUGCCUGCUAUUCAGCAGUGGUUUGCCGACUGCACGUUCUUCCAGUGCAUCUUACCGAUGCUAUCGCCGGAUCGCAUGGCGAGGCCAAGCGCAGCAGAAGUGCUCAUGAGCAUUCUUGCCAAACAGAACCGGAAUGAAGGAUGGCCUGAGAGCUGCCCUUGCUUUGCGGAGACCAAGUCUGCCAUACUCGAAAAGUCCGCCCUUUCCGGUCUUCGAUAA